AUGGAAAUAAUCUUUCAAGACAAAGCACAGUACCAGGAAUCUCAAGAGAACCUGAUAUCCAGAGGCUAUCUGAGGGUGAUGGAUCCGUUGAAGCUCGCUGUGAACUCCAGAAAGCUUGAGACAUGGAUACGAGUCCUGGCCACUGUCGCAAAAUUUAUUGAGAAUCGUCAAAAGAUGCGAAAAGCACUGUCUCCUGCUGCCAUUUUUAAACACAUCUAUAAGCGUCGAGCAAAAAACUGUUUAGAGUACCUCUCAACGAUUACAGACACAUCUUGGAUCGACGUGGAACUGACACCUCAUGGGUAUGUUGGACAGAAGUUGUGGAAGACGAUGCAGGCAAAUGAAAAGCCGGGAGAUCGUUGUGCUCAUGAUCAAGCACUGCAAUCCAGCCGGUGUUCGAUUGAUUUGGCAAUCGUUACGAACAAGACUGCACUAAGUCCACGGGCACCAUCCAAUCGGAAAGCUUUCUUCCUGUGUUAG